AUGGAAUCUGCAGGAGAUCGCCGCGCCCCGCUGCUCCUGGUGCCGGGCGUCUGCGGCACACAGCUGGCGGUGCGGCCCGAGGGCGAGGCCGGCGAUGGCGUGCGGUGCUGGGUGUCGCUUCGUGGAGGAGCAGACGCUGCCUACCAAAAGCUGUGGGGCAAGUACAGCAAGGACAGCGGCCUGGUGGAGCUGCUGACGCCAGGCUUCGAGGUCUGCGUCCCGCGUGGCACCGACAGUAGUGGCCUCUUCGCCAUCUCAGUGCUGGACCCGGAUGUCGGCUUGGUCACAAAAGCCGUCAACUACUUUCUGCCACUGAUCAACUUCCUCCAGGCCCAGGGUUACAGCCCGGGCAUCGACCUGUUUGGCGCUGGCUACGACUAUCGGCAGUCGUGCCGCACCAGCGCCCACACCCUGCUGGGUAGGCUGCAGGAGGUGUCGCGGCGAUGUGGGGGGCGGCGGGUAGACCUGGUGACACACAGCAUGGGCGGCCUGGUGGUGCGCUCCCUAUUGGUCGACUUCCCAGCAGAGUUUGAGGCGCUGGUUGGCAGGUGGGUGGCCAUCGGCUGCCCGUUCGGUGGCGCACCCGGCUAUGCCGUGGAUGGCCUCAUCACGGGGGUCCAGUUUGGGGGAUCGCUGGGCGAUUUCUUCUUCGCCGCCUGCCAGUCGCCAGCCGUGUACGAGCUGCUGCCGCCGCUGGACUUCCCCUUUUCUCAGCCCCCGCCCCAGCUGACCCUGUGGUUGAAGACGCCCAUUCCGGAGCAGCUGCCGGCAGGAGAGGGCCAGCCACCCGUGUUGUGCGCCUCGCACACCACCUACACCAUGCACAGCCCAGCAGUUGGGGCAGCAUCGGGCGCACCCUCAACCAGUGCCGGCACCCAUCCAGCUGCUCCCCAGCUGCCCCGCAUCAGCCUGGCAGUUAGUCAGUUGACUGGCAGCGGCGCAGAGGAUGGCGGCACCAUUGGACCCUCCACCGACAGCAUCUUUCAGGCCCACCAGUACGUCUUCAAGCACGAUGCCCUGCCUGGCCUGCUGGCUCGGCUGCUGAAGGACAACACAGUGAGCGUGGAUGGCGCCAGCAUCCCGCUGCCCUUUGAUCCACAGCUCUGGGCCCUGGGCCAGGCAACCCACGAUUCGUGGAAGGAGGCGCGCCUGCCGCCCUCCUGCACCUUCUUCAACAUAAUUGGUACCGGCCUCAGCACCCCUUACGAUGUGCAGUAUGGGGCAUGGUGGUAUGCACUGCAGGACCUGGACGCGGUGCCCCAUGCCAGCGCCACAUUCACGUCUGUGGAUGGCGAUGGCACUGUGCCUGCAGAGUCGGCCACGGCACAUGGGCUGCAGGAGACCGCCACCGCUGCGGUGAAGGGGGCGCAUCGAGACCUCGUCAACAUGCAGGCGCCGUUGUAA